ACAUCAGAAUCAUGAACGCUGCAGAACAGAUAGAAAAGCAACGGACGGAUCAGUUAACGGACCGCCUAAAAAUGGAUUUACUGAACGUGGACUUUAGCCAAAUAAGCCGAACCAGUGCAAAAAUUCAUCCAGAAUGGGAAUCGCUGUUGCAAUUGACACAACUUAGUGUCACGGAAGAAUUGGGACCAGAAUUCACGCUGAGCAAGGACAUAUCGCAAUUCUCUUUGUACAUGUAUCCGACGCUGAACUUUGAUUUUGUCAGUGGUAUCCUUAUAUACAACAUGGCUGGCUUUUUGUUGGAUGAUUGGCUGGACAAAUUUCCUUCUGAGAAUGAAAAAUGGAUUCAGCAAUUGAGAAACAAAAACUUUCCAGGAAAUGGCAAAAUGGAUAAAUGGUGGCAGCUGGCAAUAAAACUUUGCAGAGAAGUAAUGGGUGAAAUUGUGUUAACGCAACUUUUGGAUAAUUGGAUUUAUUCCAUAAGCAAAGCUGACAAAGUCAACACAAUUUAUAUUGGUCAUGUUUCGUUGCCUGACAAGGAUUUCCUGGAAUUAAGAUGCAUUGAUGCAGGAACAUCCCACCAGUUUUUUCUGGUAUUGGCAGGUGUCGGAAAGCAGCUCACUGCUGAAUUGGCACAAGACCCGAAUUAUCUGGGAUUGAAUAAGCAAGUAGCACUUCAUACGUCGGUUAUUAACGAUUUGUAUUCACUUCGAAAGGAGAUUCGUGACGAUCUUUACCGAUAUAAUUACGUAUAUGUGAAAAUGAUGAAUAACAACCUCUCAGCACAAGCUGCCACGGAUGCCAUAAUGCAGGAAAUACGCGACGCUGAGAAAAUGGCUCGAGUGUACGGCGACAGAAUGAAAGAAAUGAAUGAUCCGCAGUUAUCUUUGUAUGUGGAUGGAAUGUACGAUAUAAUUGCUGGAAAUCAUUACUGGUCCACAUUUUGUAAACGUUAUAAUGACCUGUAAGCUACUGGUACUGCCAUCGUACGCAAUGAGAGAUGUAAAAACGCUUGCUGGUAACUUUUUGAGAUCUUAUCCCAUCUGUACGGACAACAACCGUGAACUCGUUUUUUACAAAUUGAGCUAUCGAACAACGUUGAAGUAAUUUUUAUUUACAAUAACAGCGCUCCCUACUCCCCUACUUUGUCAUACUUUUUGUAAAUUCGUCCUACUUGUCCUGUGUGGGACCUGGGACCAUUCUGUUAAAUAAAUUCAUG